AUGUCUUCUAUAUCUGAAGAUCAAAUUGUACGUAAUUUGAACUAUGAUUAUAUCAAUGAAGAACUUAUCGAUAAAGAACUCAAAUGUUCACUAUGUUUUCUUCCUUUUACGGCUCCAGUAUCGACACCAUGUCAACAUGCUUUUUGUAUGUCAUGCAUCACACAAUGGUUAAACAAGAAUUCAUCAUGUGCACUUUGUCGAAGUCAAAUUUUAAAAAAGGAUCUUACAUCAAUAAAUGUAUUAUUCAUAGCAAAUAUGCUUAAUCGUCUUCAAGUCAAAUGUAAAGCUUGCGGUAAAACAGACAUGCGACGAGAUGAAUUUAUGAAUCACGUGAAGAACGAAUGUCCCAAAGUGAUCGUACGUUGUUUGGCCUCGCCUAUGGAUUGUCCAUGGAAUGGAUCACGUGAUCAACUCUAUAAUCAUAUGACUACGUGUCCUUUCAAUCGAUUGCAAAAGAUAAUUUUUGAAUUAAUGAGUAUCAACAAAUCUCUUACAGAAAAAAACGCACAAUACGAAUUCAAGAUUAAAGAACUGACUGAACAACUUCGAUUGGCAACUAAUAAAGUUAAUGAAAAAAAUUGA